UAAGGUUUGCAAAUCACUCCGGAGCAGAAGGUGUCGCUAAUGCACCAAUACGCGGAAUGCCAACCGCCGCAAAACAUACAAAGAGGAAGAACGCAGUAACAACCAACAACGCGAAUCAGAGGCGGGUUUCCAUAAUACUGUUUUUAUUUUGCUGUGAUUUAAAGGCUAUAUAAAAGAAGGCAGAGAAUGUUGCAACGGAUUCGCAUCAUUUACAGCAUUACAACAGAGAAACUAUAACAACUCUUGUUAUGAACUGACGGCAAACUCAAAAGGAAAUUCAAGAAGGCAUCAAAUGCAGAAUUCAGCUGUGCGUCUAUGAAGAAUAAGAGGACAAUGGAUCCACCAACAGAAUUUAAGGGGUCAGUCAUAACCGAACCCGUCUGUAAAAAGAUGAAGUUUGAGCAGUCUGUGAACCAACCACAAUAUAUGUGUCCUGAAUUCAGCCAUGACUCUAAAAUUAGUGAAGUCCUCAACAUAUUUAAAUCAAAUCUGAGAGAGAAGUUUAAGUGUUUGUAUGAUGUAUCAUCAACUGAGAAAAGCUUAACACUACUGAAUGAGAUCUACACAGAGCUCAACAUCACAGAGAGUGAAAGUGGAGAGAUCAGUAAUGAACAUGAGGUGAGACAGAUUGAGACACAAUCCAGAAGAAGAACAACAGAGGAGACACCAAUCAAAUAUAAUGACAUCUUUAAACCUUUACCUCAACAAGUCAAACACAUCAGAAGUGUGCUGACAAAGGGAGUCGCUGGCAUUGGAAAAACAGUCUCUGUACAGAAGUUCAUUCUGGACUGGGCUGAAGAGAAAGAGAAUCAGGACGUCCACCUCAUAUUUCCACUUCCUUUCAGAGAGAUCAAUUUGUUGAAGGACAAAACACUCAGUCUUUUAGAUCUUCUUCAUCUUUUCUUCCCAGAGACAAAAGAAAUGGAAAUCUUCAGUGAUAAAUAUAAAGUGUUGUUCAUCUUUGAUGGUUUGGAUGAGUGUCGUCUGUCUCUGGAUUUUCACAGCAGUGUGAGGUUGUGUGAUGUACGUAAAUCAACCUCAGUGGACGUGAUGCUGACAAACCUCAUCAAGGGGAAUCUGUUUCCCUCUUCUCGCAUCUGGAUCACCUCCAGACCAGCAGCAGCUGAUCUCAUCCCCUCUGAGUGUGUUGAUCGAGUCACAGAGGUACGAGGCUUCAGUGAUCCACAGAAGGAGGAAUACUUCAGGAAGAGAAUCAGUGAUGAGAGUCUGUCUGAUCAAAUCAUCUCACACCUGAAGUCAUCCAGGAGUCUUUACUUCAUGUGUCAAAUCCCAAUGUUCUGCUGGAUUUCAGUCACUGUUCUAGAGAAAAUGUUGAGGGAAGCACAGAGUCAAGAGAUCCCCAAGACUCUAACACAAAUGUACACACACUUCCUGAUCAUUCAGACAAACUGCAAACAUGAAGAGGACGAUGACAAUAAAGUGAAUGAUGAAUACUUGAUCUAUAAACUGUGUAAACUGGCUUUUGAGCAUUUUCAAAAAGGCAGUUUGAUUUUCAAUGAAGAAGACUUGAGAGAUUGUGGCAUUGAUGUAACAGAAGCAUCAGUGUACUCAGGAUUGUGUACUCAGAUCUUCAGAGAGGAGUUUGGUUUGUAUCAGGGGAAAGUUUACAGCUUUGUUCAUCUGAGCAUUCAGGAACAUCUAGCAGCUCUACAUGUGCACCUCUCUUUUAUGAACAACAACAUCAAUGUGUUGACUGAAAUGAAACUACAUUACAAACAUCGGCUUUCAAUACAUGAUCUGUAUAAGAGAGCUAUAGAUGAGGCUCUACAGAGUAAAAAUGGACAUCUGGAUCUUUUCCUUCGUUUUCUUCUGGGUUUGUCGCUGGAGUCGAAUCAGAAUCUCCUACUAGGUCUGAGGAUACAGACAGGACGCAGCUAUCAUAACAAUGUUAAAACAAUGGGUUACAUCAAACAUAAGAUGAGGAACAAUCCUACACCAGAAAAAGUCAUCAAUCUGUUUCAUUGUCUGAGUGAACUGGGUGAUUAUUUGCUGAUGAGGGAAAUCCUGUACCGUCUGAAAUUUGGAACAUCAAGAAAAGCCCAAAUCUCUUCAUCUCAGUGGUCAGCUUUAGUUUUUGUGUUGCUGACAUCAGGACAGGAGUUCAAGACGUUUAAUAUGAAUUAUAUUAUUAAUGCAAACAAAGCUGAAUCACUGAACUUUCUUCAGAAGCUGCUGCCUGUGAUUUGUGAAUCCAGAAUAGUUCUGUUGUAUAACUGUAAUAUCAGAGUUGAAGGUUGUGCUGCUCUGUCUUCAGCUCUGAGAUCAAACCCAUCACACCUGAGAGAACUAAAUCUGUCUCAGAAUAAUCUUGGAGAUUCAGGAGUGAAGCUGAUCUCUGACGUACUGAAGAAUCCUGACUGUAAACUGGAGAAACUCUGGUUGAAUUCUUGUAAUAUCACAGCUGAAGGUUGUGUUGCUCUGUCUUCAGCUCUGAGAUCAAACCCAUCACACCUGAGAGAACUGAGUCUGUCUAAAAAUAGACUAAGAUAUUCAGGAGUGAAGCCGAUCUCUGAUGUUCUGAAGAAUCCUCACUGUAAACUGGAGAAACUGACGUUGAGUUAUUGUUGUGUCACACCUGAAGGUUGUGUUGCUCUGACUUCAGCUCUGGAAUCAAACCCAUCACACCUGACACAUCUGGAUCUGUCUAAAAAUGUUAUUGGAGAUUCAGGAGUUAAGCUGAUCUCUAAUGUACUAAAGAAUCCUGAAUGUAAACUGGACAAACUGGCGUUAAGUGGUUGUAAAAUCACAGCUGAAGGCUGUGUUGCUCUGUCUUCAGCUCUGACAUCAAACCCAUCACACCUGAGAGAUCUGCAUCUGAGUAACAAUAAUCUUGGAAAUUCAGGAGUGAAGCUGAUCUCUGAUGUAUUGGAGAAUCCUCACUGUAAACUGGAGAUACUGGAGUUGUAUUUGUGUGAUAUCACAGUUGAAGGUUGUGCUGUUCUGUCUUAUGCUCUAAUAUCAAACCCAUCACACCUGAGACAUCUGAAUUUGUCUCAGAAUGAUCUUGGAAAUUCAGGAGUGAAGCUGAUCUCUGACGUACUGGAGAUUCCUGACUUUAAACUGGAGCUAUUGUGGUUGUGUGAAUGUAAUAUCACAGAUGAAGGUUGUGGUGCUCUGACUUCCGCUCUGAUAUCAAACCCAUCUCACCUGAAAGGAUUGUAUCUGACUGGAAAUAAUCUGGGAGCUUUAGGAAUGGAGCUGAUGACUGAUGUGGCAAAUGAUCCAUAUUACAAACUGAACAAAAUAUUCAUUUCACCGUUGGCCGAAUCUUCUGCUGUUGAAGUAACAGAGGAAGAGACACUUGAGUCAACACAAGCAACAGAGACUUGAAGAUGUCCGUGUGUGUGUGUACGUGCGUGUGUACGCGCGUGUGUGUGCGUAUGUGUGUGUGCGUAUGUGUGUGUGCGUAUGUGUGUGU